GGGGCAGGCCGGCGGCGGGGGCAGGGCCUGGGCGCGGAGCCCCGCGGCCUUCCGUGGCACCACCUUGGUCCCUUGGGGUGGGCGGCCCGGGCUCUGCAGCCGGGCCUCCUGCACAGCCCCGCUGCCAUCCACGGGGCUCGCCGGGUCCCUGCGGUACUGCGGCUCCGGGACCCGCAGGUGUCACAUCCUCGCCUGCAGCCUGCAUUACUCCCCUUGUGUCGCCUGUACGCUAGGCCUGUGUGAUUCCCGUAUUUCCCAUCUUCUUGAGAGCGUAGGGGGCUGCCUUUACAUCCCCUGCAGGUGUUGUGCUGUGAAGUGGAUGACAUUUCCGCUUCUUGGGACUGAAAGUUCAAAAUGCGAUUUCAGUCGGAGGAACGGAGCCUGGCCUGGGUGACCUAAAGCAACGUGGCUGUUCCGAGUGACAUGGCUCCUUGUUCCGCCUUGUAUCAGCAAGGAGCUGUCAUAGGUCAAGGAAGCUUCUUUUUCGUUGUUGCGGUGUUUCUGGUUUUGCCAACAAAGGCACGAUUUCAUUGCCAGCUGACUUUCCAGAAUAUAUGCAUGUAGUCUUUACUGUAGUGAGAAGCUGGUAGCUUGUUUUAGCUUCUGCCAAAAUUUCAACAAAGCAGAGCUUUCAGUGAUGCUUGUCUGGUAGGUUUAUCCGGAAUGGCCGCAUGUAUGUUGCUCUUUGGCCUAAAAUUUUAUGGCAGUAGGAAAGCCUAGCGUGGUGUUAACAGUCUCAGUGCUCACGCGGAAGUUAAACACAAUUAUAUCCAGAAUGUUAACACAAAUACUCGGCAAGUGCUUAAGAAAUUGUUCCCGAUGCCUGGAUGAGGCACCUGUACCAGUAUCUGUCUGCGUGGCUGGGUUUCUGUGGUGAGACCAAAAGUGAACUGGGCUCUCUGCCAUCAGACAAACAUGUGAGUAUUUCAUUUGCCUUAAUGGAUGUGGAAAGCUUUUACCUUUUUCUUUUCAACUCUUUAAUUGUCAUGUGCAGCUCCAUCGUAUGUCAAGUUAAUAGAACAGUUGGGUGUCUUCAUUUUCUUUUUCUGGAAAAGGAGUUAGCAAAUUAAUUGUGUUAGUAUAGUUGUAGUGCAGGUUUACAUGUGUGAAUCGAGCGCACGCUUCUUGGAUUAAGGUGGAUUUGGUGACUUCUGGUAAUUGCAUCACACCUUCAUUUCACACAAUCAUUUGUAGGUCAACCCAGGCCAUUUUAUGAUAUGAUUCUAUGAUUCAUUUCCUUGCAAUGAAGCAAACUGUAUUCAGGGAAAAUAUCCUUAAGAAUCAAGUCGCUAUUUAGCUUGUGUGACGGCAGGUGAGAGUUAACUCUGACCGCAUGGCUGUUCGUGAAUCUCAGUAAUGCCAUAGAAGCCAUUUCUUAAUUUCUUAGUGCAUCAGUGGAUGAAAUGCAGUUAUUGAGAGUACUUAGAAUUCUGAAAGUCAGGCUUGCUUAUCCCCAAACUUACUACUGGUGAUACUUCCACGAGUGUGUUUGUGUUGUUUGUUUUACUUUUCUUUUUAGGGCUGCUUUUUUUUCUCCCAUGGAGCAAUUACUGCUAGUCAUUCAAAGACUGCAGCGUGAAGGUGGAGAGAACUGCUGUUGCUUAGCAGAAUCUAAGUCUGAUCUCAUUUAUUGGACAGAGUUUGUACUUAGUUAAAUUUGAAGGGCGCUUUCCUUAUUUCCUUUUAAGCUAUGGUUAUAGCUUAAAACAAGAAAAAAAGGCAUUACUAUAGCACGGUAGCUUGAUGAGUUUGUGUGGUGACUGAGGCUCUAAUGGUAUUAGAGAUCCUUUCUGCAUGGAGCAAGUGGGUGCUUCUGGGGCAGAAAUCAUGUGGAAGUUGAAAAGGGUGGAUAGUAAUCAGGUAAUGCUGUUCAAAUGCUCAAGCUUAUCCUAGCGUGAAAGCUACCCUUCUGGGGAAAGGGGAAAACAAGGUGAGGCAAAAGCUUAGUUUCUGUUGUCUUAUUUCAUUGCUGUGAUUGCAAGACUCUUGAAAAUGAUUUUUACUCAGACUCCUUUAUGUGUGAGGGUAAAACUAAAACAGUUCUUCAGUGAGUUUAAUGCAUCUUGGGGGCAGAAACGAUCUUUAGCCCAGAGGAUGUCAUUUAGUGUCCUGGCUGCCGCACUCAUGCCACCUUCAGAGAAGGUUGCAUUCACUGCAGACCUUGGGCAGGCUUUCCUGCUCUGCUGAAGAUGAGCGGUGUCCUGGCUGCGUUACCUGUGUUUGGUAUUGGAAGUACUGUGAAGGAAUGCAGCUGAAUAAAAUGGAAAUACCACGGGGUUCAUCUGCAGAUGGUUUUUGUUCCUUUGGUUCUUCUGAUAUGUGUAUCUUAGGAAUACUUCCCAGUUAACGUGUGACUUAACUGAUGACAAAGCUUUUUUUUUUUUGUCAGUAUAACAUUUCAGGUUUAGGCUUGUUUGUGCUAGUGGAGGAAUAACUAUGCUACAGGAGACCUAAAUGUGGCAUUCAGAUAGAAGCAUAAACCAGGACUUGCUCUUCUGUCACUUUGAGUUAUUCAACAGAAACAUUUUCUGCAUUGGGUGAAAAGAAGAUAAGUUUCCUGCUGACAGACGAGGAUACGGUCUGCAUUGUAGUGUGCAGAAAAGCUCGUUGGAAACUUCUGAAAGUGGAGGGGUGAAUUUAUAUUCCCUGUGAUAUUUUAAUAUUUGUUAAGGGAGGGUGCCAUAUAUUCUGACCUUCAGGUUGUUUGAAAGUUAGUGCUUGACUUAACAGAAAUGGACUGGUGUGCAGUGCCAGCCCACUUGACGGUUCGUUAUUAAUGUCCUUAGUUAAGUGCAUUUAAAACAACAACAACAAAAUCCUUUAACUUAUUUGUGUAAGGUAAAUAUUUGUCACCUUCAUUGGUUUGAAACUAAGAACGAUUGUGAUCAAAACAUAAUUGGUGAGUGGUGGGAUAAUGUAAAAGGAUCAUCCCAGCCCAUCUACUAGAGCUGUAGGUUCAGGUAGCGGAGCCAUGGCUUCAAUAGUGACCAGAAGCUUUGCAUAAAUGGAGGCAACUCUGCUUGAGUACAUAGGUGCUUGAUGGAGUAGUGACAGGAGGAAGAGCAAGCCGUUAACCGUAAAGUACAAGAAUAAUGCCUCCUGCAUGUCCAGAGAUCAGGGGGGCUCUGCAAUUCAAUUUUUUAACAGGUCAAUGCUUUUAAUAUUUAUAAACCUUACAGUCUUCUGUCUGAAAAUUAAGGUUGGAGUUAUCCGCCAGUGUUGUUGUUUGGGGUGUGAACUGGAAUCUUUACAGUUCUUAGGCUAGCAUUUUUCUUGUUCUGUUUCUUCUAGUUUCUGUCAUCUUGCCUGUUUAACUUCAUUUAUGUCUUCCCUUUCUUUUAAAAAGUUGUCUUACGUGAAGUCAGCCUUGGCUACUAAUAACUCCUGCACUUGCUGGAUAUCCACUGCGAUUUUCCAUGCAUUUUCUGUCAGAGCAACUGUUUUGUUGUGUUUUCAAGUAAGUUGUAACACUGCUGUAGUCUUGUUUUGCUUUCUAAAGCAACAUCACUAAGUUUGGGCCACAGGCAAUGAAUGUUGAAAGAUUAUGUUCCUGUGUGGAUCCAAGGUGGUGGGACUUCUAAGCGGGUCAGUCUUUGAAAGUCUUUGAACCAGUAAAAGCAAGAGGGCCCCUGCUUAAAUACUGUGAUGUCCCAGCCUCUCUCACACACGUGUACGCACAUGUAGGUUUAUAAGUCGAGUGGAAUAUCGUGGCAAGGCACCAAGAAUGCAGUUAUACAGCAUUAAGUCUUGGAAGAGCUGGACUGUUGCCUGCUGUAAUGCAGUGAAGAUGUGCUGUUGCGUCAUGCCUUGAGGUAGGGUUGAACUUUGUAUUGGGAUUCAUCUUCUGCUGCAGAAUCAGUAUGACCUUGUUUUGUUAGUCACCUUUUGUCAAUCAGGAAUUAGUUGAUCGUGCUGUAGUUCACUCACAGUUUAAGAAAAGCAGCUUGGUUGCUGUUUCAGGAUAUGGGACUACCUUGUUCUGAGGAGAACUCGUGCCAGGUUGAGCGAGUUCAGAAGGAAGCUGAAAAUGGCUCAUUUGAGGUAUUUUUCAUGGAGGAGGAUUAGCCUGAAGUCAAGCUGAACCUGGUAACAGCAGACUGAGUUGAUCGGCCAUCUUAUAAUAAGGUGGCAAUAAUUCCCCCAAAUGACCUGUAGGGUAGGAUGAGUAGGAGCGAUCUUAAUGAGGUUCAUGCAGCAGGAUGCUAGAACUUGCACCGUGCCCUUGUUUAGCUAGGAGACUCGCACAAGUUUGGGGAAAUAGUAAUGGAAGAAUACGUGUAUUGCUCUUGUCUUAAGUCAGCUGGAAAAGAGUGGUCCUGGAGUCUUGAGUUGCUUAUAGAAAUAGUUACAUAGUAGAUCAGUAAGUUGUGUAGUGAAAAAGCUGUUGUGCUGCUGCCUUCUCGUGUUUCCACGGAGCUGACGGAAUGGUGUCAGUCUGACAGAACAGAAGUGAUGGCAACCACCUAGGCCCUGCUAGCCCUUGUGUUUGCAGCUUCAUGGAGGUGGAAUCAUUUAUCCUGGAUCAGGAUGAUCUUGAAAACCCUAUGUUGGAAACAGCUUCCAAAUUGCUUUUGUCAAGUACUGCUGAUGGUGCUGACCUGAGAACCGUAGAUCCAGAAACCCAGGCAAGAUUAGAAGCUUUACUUGAAGCUGCAGGAAUAGGUAAACUAUCGACGGCUGAUGGUAAAGCAUUCGCAGAUCCUGAGGUGCUUCGCAGACUGACUUCUUCGGUCAGUUGCGCGUUGGAUGAAGCUGCUGCUGCACUUACCCGGAUGAGAGCAGAAAGCACAGCAAAUGCAGGGCAGACGGACAACCGCAGCUUGGCAGAGGCUUGUUCAGAAGGAGAUGUAAAUGCUGUGCGGAAGUUGCUAAUUGAAGGACGAAGUGUGAACGAGCACACAGAAGAAGGGGAAAGCCUCCUUUGUUUAGCCUGCUCAGCGGGAUAUUAUGAGCUUGCGCAGGUUCUUCUGGCAAUGCAUGCUAAUGUAGAGGACCGAGGUAUUAAAGGAGACAUAACACCUUUAAUGGCUGCUGCUAAUGGCGGGCAUGUCAAAAUUGUCAAGUUGCUGCUAGCUCAUGGUGCUGAUGUGAACGCACAGUCAUCAACAGGCAAUACGGCUCUUACAUAUGCCUGUGCUGGAGGCUAUGUUGAUGUUGUGAAAGUACUGCUGGAAUCGGGCGCAAGUAUUGAGGACCAUAAUGAAAAUGGUCACACUCCUCUAAUGGAAGCAGGAAGUGCUGGUCAUGUGGAAGUGGCCAGAGUGCUGUUAGAAAAUGGCGCUGGCAUAAACACACAUUCCAAUGAGUUUAAGGAGAGCGCGCUUACCCUGGCUUGUUACAAAGGUCAUCUAGAAAUGGUGAGAUUCUUGCUGGAAGCUGGCGCAGACCAGGAACACAAGACAGAUGAAAUGCACACUGCUCUCAUGGAGGCUUGCAUGGAUGGCCAUGUGGAAGUGGCAAGAUUACUGCUUGACAGUGGGGCUCAGGUGAACAUGCCUGCUGACUCCUUUGAGUCUCCGUUGACUUUGGCAGCUUGUGGAGGGCACGUUGAACUGGCAGCUUUGUUGAUUGAACGUGGAGCUAACUUGGAAGAGGUAAACGAUGAGGGAUACACACCGCUAAUGGAAGCAGCUAGAGAAGGCCACGAAGAGAUGGUGGCACUACUACUUGGCCAAGGAGCGAACAUCAAUGCUCAAACAGAAGAGACACAAGAAACUGCUCUAACUCUGGCUUGCUGUGGAGGUUUUUUGGAGGUUGCCGAUUUUCUUAUUAAAGCAGGAGCAGAUAUAGAGCUUGGUUGUUCAACACCUUUGAUGGAGGCUGCUCAAGAGGGUCAUUUGGAGUUGGUUAAAUAUUUAUUAGCUGCAGGGGCUAAUGUGCAUGCAACAACAGCAACAGGUGAUACAGCACUGACAUAUGCGUGUGAAAAUGGCCAUACUGAUGUAGCAGAUGUCUUACUUCAGGCAGGUGCAGAUCUGGAGCAUGAAUCAGAAGGUGGAAGAACUCCUCUCAUGAAAGCUGCAAGGGCAGGUCAUGUUUGCACUGUUCAGUUCUUGAUUAGCAAAGGAGCAAAUGUGAACAGAACUACUGCUAACAAUGAUCAUACAGUGUUAUCACUGGCCUGUGCUGGAGGUCAUCUGGCGGUUGUGGAGUUACUGCUAGCUCACGGUGCUGAUCCUACACACAGAUUGAAGGAUGGAUCGACUAUGUUAAUAGAGGCAGCGAAGGGUGGUCACACCAGUGUGGUUUGUUACCUUCUAGACUACCCAAACAACUUGCUUUCUGCUCCUCCACCUGAUGCUACUCAGCUGACCCCGCCAUCCCAUGAUUUAAAUAGGGCUCCUCGUGUACCAGUGCAGGCGCUGCCCAUGGUCGUCCCACCCCAGGAGCCUGACAAACCCCCUGCUAAUGUCGCCACAACCCUUCCCAUCAGAAAUAAAGCUGCUUCUAAACAAAAGUCCAGCAGUCAUUUGCCAGCAAACAACCAGGAUGUACAGGGUUACAUCACCAAUCAGUCUCCAGAGAGCAUUGUAGAAGAGGCUCAGGGCAAGUUGACAGAGCUGGAGCAGAGGAUAAAAGAAGCCAUAGAGAAGAAUGCUCAGCUGCAGUCCUUGGAAUUGGCACACGCUGACCAGCUCACCAAAGAGAAGAUUGAGGAGCUGAACAAAACGAGAGAGGAACAAAUUCAGAAGAAACAAAAGAUUUUGGAGGAACUGCAGAAAGUGGAACGAGAGUUACAGCUGAAAACUCAGCAGCAGCUGAAAAAGCAAUAUCUAGAGGUAAAAGCGCAAAGAAUUCAGCUCCAGCAGCAGCAGCAGCAACAGUCUUGCCAGCACCUGGGACUUCUGACUCCUGUUGGGGUAGGAGAACAACUCUCAGAGGGAGACUAUGCACGAUUACAGCAAGUGGACCCCGUCUUGCUUAAAGAUGAUCCUCAGCAAGCUGCUGCACAGACGGGUUUUGCGCCAAUUCAGCCUCUGGCGAUGCCACAAGCUUUGCCUCUGGCAGCAGGUUCCUUACCUCCAGGGUCCAUCGCAAAUCUUACAGAACUGCAAGGUGUUAUAGUUGGACAGCCAGUAUUGGGCCAAGCACAACUAGCAGGGCUGGGGCAAGGAAUACUGACAGAAACACAGCAAGGGUUAAUGGUAGCCAGCCCUGCUCAGACGCUCAAUGACACGCUGGAUGACAUCAUGGCAGCAGUGAGCGGAAGAGCAUCUGCAAUGUCAAACACUCCUACCCACAGCAUUGCAACUUCUGUCUCCCAGCCUCAGACGCCAACUCCAAGUCCUAUCAUUUCUCCUUCAGCCAUGCUACCGAUUUACCCUGCUAUAGAUAUUGAUGCUCAGACUGAGAGUAAUCAUGACACAGCAUUGACGCUUGCUUGUGCUGGUGGCCAUGAAGAACUAGUACAAACACUGCUAGAGAGAGGAGCCAAUAUUGAACAUAGGGACAAGAAAGGGUUUACUCCACUUAUUUUGGCUGCUACGGCUGGCCACGUGGGUGUUGUUGAAAUCUUACUUGAUAAUGGAGCUGAUAUCGAAGCCCAGUCGGAGAGAACAAAGGACACUCCCUUGUCCUUGGCUUGUUCAGGAGGGAGACAAGAGGUGGUGGAGUUGCUUCUAGCUCGAGGGGCAAACAAAGAGCACAGGAAUGUUUCAGAUUAUACACCUUUAAGCCUUGCUGCUUCUGGUGGCUACGUGAACAUUAUCAAGAUUCUGCUAAAUGCUGGGGCAGAAAUCAAUUCCAGAACUGGUAGCAAAUUGGGCAUUUCUCCCUUAAUGUUGGCCGCCAUGAAUGGCCACACUGCUGCUGUGAAGUUAUUACUGGACAUGGGCUCUGAUAUAAAUGCCCAGAUAGAGACCAAUAGAAAUACAGCACUAACUCUGGCUUGUUUCCAAGGGAGAACUGAAGUGGUUAGCCUGCUCCUUGAUAGAAAAGCAAAUGUGGAACAUAGAGCUAAGACUGGUCUCACGCCAUUAAUGGAAGCUGCUUCUGGUGGAUAUGCAGAAGUAGGCAGAGUUCUGCUGGACAAAGGUGCAGAUGUAAAUGCUCCUCCGGUACCUUCCUCAAGAGACACAGCUUUAACCAUUGCAGCGGACAAAGGGCACUACAAAUUCUGUGAACUUCUUAUUAGCAGAGGAGCCCACAUCGAUGUGCGUAACAAGAAGGGGAAUACUCCACUGUGGCUGGCAGCAAACGGAGGGCAUCUAGAUGUUGUCCAAUUGCUAGUCCAGGCCGGAGCAGAUGUGGAUGCUGCUGAUAACAGGAAAAUAACUCCUCUUAUGGCAGCCUUCCGAAAGGGUCAUGUAAAAGUGGUGCGCUACCUAGUGAAAGAAGUAAACCAGUUUCCAUCUGAUUCGGAAUGUAUGAGAUACAUAGCAACCAUUACUGAUAAGGAGAUGCUGAAGAAGUGCCACUUGUGUAUGGAAUCAAUUGUUCAAGCCAAAGAUAGACAGGCUGCUGAAGCCAACAAAAAUGCAAGCAUUCUUUUAGAGGAAUUGGACUUGGAGAAGCUACGGGAAGAAAGUAGGAGAUUGGCUUUGGCUGCUAAAAGAGAGAAAAGAAAGGAGAAACGGAGGAAGAAAAAAGAAGAACAAAGAAGAAAAUUAGAAGAAAUUGAAGCAAAAACUAAAGAAAAUUUUGAACUUCAAGCUGCUCAGGAGAAAGAGAAGCUAAAAGCUGAAGAUGAUCCAGAGGUCCCAAUGGAGCCUCCUAGUGCUACCACUACAACCACCAUAGGUAUAUCUGCAACUUGGACAACUUUAGCAGGUUCUCAUGGGAAAAGGAAUAAUACCAUCACCACAACAAGCUCCAAAAGAAAAAACAGGAAAAACAAAGUAGCCCCUGAUAAUGUUCAGAUCAUAUUUGAUGACCAGCUCCCAAUUUCUUAUAACCAACCAGAAAAAGUAAAUGGUGAAUCUAAGAGCAGCAGUACUAGUGAAAGUGGUGAUAGUGACAACAUGAGGAUUUCCAGCUGUAGCGACGAAAGCAGCAAUAGCAACAGCAGCCACAAAAGUGACAAUCAUUCUUCCACAGCCGUUACUAACACACAGAGCAACAAAAAGCAACCAUCGGUUCUUGUUACUUGUCCAAAGGAUGAGAAGAAAGCAGUUACUGGCAAAUCAUCCAUAAAGUUGUCUGAAGUCAUCAGUGAAGUGACAAGUAAUUCCUUGUCUACUUGCACAAAAUCUGGUCCUUCCCCCCUUUCUUCUCCAAAUGGAAAGCUUACCAUUGCUAGCCCUAAACGUGGUCAAAAAAGGGAAGAAGGAUGGAAGGAAGUUGUAAGAAGAUCCAAGAAGGUUUCUGUUCCAUCAACUGUCAUUUCCAGAGUCAUUGGCAGAGGAGGAUGUAAUAUCAAUGCUAUACGUGAAUGCACGGGAGCACACAUAGACAUUGACAAACAGAAGGACAAAACUGGAGAUAGAAUAAUAACAAUAAGGGGUGGCACGGAAUCAACAAGACAGGCCACACAGUUGAUUAAUGCUCUGAUUAAGGAUCCAGAUAAAGAAAUUGAUGAACUUAUUCCAAAGAACCGCUUGAAAAGUUCAUCUGCAAACUCCAAAAUAGGGACAUCAGCACCUGCCGCCACUACAGCUGCUAACAGUUCUCUUGUGGGAAUCAAAGUGACCACCGUAGCUGCUUCAUCAACAUCUCAGACUGCCUCUGCACUCACCGUGCCUGCAAUUUCUUCAGCAUCUAAUCACAAAACCAUUAAGAAUCCAGUGAAUAAUGUGCGACCUGGUUUCCAAGUCUCUCUUCCAUUAGCAUAUCCUCCUCCGCAGUUUGCACACGCUCUACUCGCUGCUCAGACUUUCCAGCAAAUCCGUCCGCCUCGGUUGCCCAUGACGCACUUUGGAGGUACUUUCCCACCAGCUCAGUCCACAUGGGGUCCAUUUCCUGUUAGGCCGUUGAGCCCUGCAAGAGCUACCAAUUCGCCUAAACCUCACAUGGUGCCUCGCCAUAACAGUCAGAACAGCAGUGGUUCUCAGGUGAAUUCAGCAAGUUCUUUGACAACUAGUCCAACAGCUACAACAAGUUCAGUGGCUUCUACUGUGCCUGGUUCUUCUGCAAAUGGCAGUCCAAGUUCACCUUCAGUCAGAAGGCAGCUUUUUGUUACUGUUGUGAAGACGUCAAAUGCCACGACAACCACGGUGACGACCACAGCAAGUAACACCAGCACAGCGGCUACGAAUGCCACAUAUCCAAUUCCUACUGCCAAAGAACACUACCCUGCAUCUUCCCCAUCAUCGCCUUCUCCUCCGGCACAGCCAGCAGGCGUUUCUAGAAGCAGUCCUUCAGACUGUGCAGCAACCUCUCCAAAUAAAGGUGCACCUUCAUCUGAUCAGGAAGUGGGUAGUCCGCCAGCAGUAGAAACAAGCAGCUCGACCAGUACUAGGCAGCCCAGUACAAGUUCUGGGAGUUCUUCUGUGCACCCUGCUCAUCAGCAGCCUCCAGGAGCUCCUCUGCAAGAGGCAAGGCCCCCUCUUCAGCAACCUCAGGUUCCUGCACCAGAUCCUCGAAUGCUUGUGCCUCCGAAUUUAGCAGUGACAAGCUCAUCUGCUCCUGUGGCAGGUCCAACAAAUGCCCCAAUGACCUAUCCCAUGUCUCAGACAUCAAUGGGGUCUUCUCAGCCUGCAGCUAAGAUGGAAACCCCUGCCAUCAGACCACCUGUCCAUGGAACUGGCAGCGUCCAUAAGAAUCCAGCUCCUGUGCAAAAUUCUUCUGUUGCAGUCCUCAAUGUUAAUCAUAUCAAAAGGCCCCCCAGCGUUCCUUCUUCAGUGCAGCUUCCUUCUACCUUAAGUACACAAAGUGCUUCUCAGAAUUCAGCCCAUCCAGCGAACAAGUCCAUGGGUAACAAUUUCAGUGCUACUUUACCAUUUGGGCCCUUUAGUACAUUGUUUGAAAACAAUCCUACGUCUGCUCAUGCCUUCUGGGGUGGUUCUGUCGUUUCAUCUCAGACAACACCAGAGUCUAUGCUAUCAGGAAAGUCUUCAUUUUUGCCAAAUUCAGAGCCUUUACAUCAGUCUGAUACUUCCAAAGCCCCAGGUUUUAGGCCCCCGUUACAGAGGCCAGCUCCAAGUCCCUCAGGUAUUGUCAGUAUGGAUUCACCCUAUGCUCCUGUAACACCUUCGUCUACACACCUGGGUAACUUUGCCUCAAACCUUUCGGGAGGUCAGAUAUAUGCACCUGGGGCACCUCUUGGUGGAGCACCUGCAGCUGCUAAUUUUAACAGACAGCAUUUUUCCCCACUUAGUUUAUUGCCUCCAUGUUCAUCAGCAUCAAAUGAAUCUCCUGCUCAGUCGGUGUCUUCUGGAGUACGAACACAGUCUCCUACCCCCUCAGCAGUGUCCUUGGGAUCAGAAAAAUCCAGUAAUGUUUCUCAGGACAGAAAAGUUCCUGUUCCAAUUGGGACUGAACGGUCUGCACGUAUUAGACAAACUGGAACUUCUACUCCAUCUGUUAUUGGGAGCAACUUAGCUGCUCCAGUGGGACAUAGUGGUAUCUGGUCCUUCGAAGGUAUAGGUGGCAAUCAAGAUAAAGUGGACUGGUGUCACAGUGGAAUGGGGAGCCACAUGAUCCACAGGCCCAUGUCUGAUCCGGGUGUGUUUUCACACCAAGCCAUGGAAAGAGACAGCACAGGAAUCAUAACGCCUUCUGGUACAUUCCAUCAGCCCGUUCCUGCAGGAUACAUGGACUUCCCAAAAGUCGGGGGUAUGCCUUUCUCUGUGUAUGGGAAUGCAAUGAUUCCUCCAGUAGCCCCCAUCACAGAUGGUACUGGGGGCCCAAUAUUUAAUGGGCCUCAUGCUGCUGACCCAUCUUGGAACUCGCUAAUAAAGAUGGUUUCAAAUUCCACAGAAAAUAACGGGCCUCAGACGGUGUGGACUGGAACUUGGACACCUCACAUGAACAGUGUGCAUAUGAACCAACUUGGCUGAGUGGGAUCAACAUGCUAGACUUGAGAUUCCUUUUUCCAGAGGAAAAUAAAAAUGGCAGAAACAGUUUAUGUGCUCCCAGAUCAUUCUACUGAUGUGCUUGACUGAAGUGUGUAGGCUUUUUGCAGAAGAACUUACUAACUGACCUUUUUCUGUGAACAUUGUGACUGCCCAUUCCCCACCAUCAUACGUUUCAACUUAGUUAGCCUUUAUUCUUUCCUUUUUCUUUUUUUUUUUUUGACAUAACUUUCUGUUGAAGCUGUUCUUUGGCUGGUUGGUUUUAGUACUGUAAACUGCUUCUGAGCAAACACAGAAAUUUAGCAAAAUUAUGUAAACUUGAUCCUGAAGUUUUAGAAUGGCAAAUAAAUGUACAAUUGUUUACAUAACAAAUGGCUAAGCAGAAAGUAAAUUUCAAUAUGUCAGUAUAGAGGCUCUACUUUAUGUAGACUUAAAUUAAUGUGAGAUAUGUACCUUCAUAUUCAGAAAUCUGGAUGUUUCCUUCAUACAUUAAACUAUUAAUAAGCAUAA